UGUGUUAAGGGGUAUAGUUCUCAAAUUGUGACCCCACAUUUGGAAAUCAAUCAAGUUGUAAAAGCUGCAAAUACUGCUAAUAAGAGAAUCAUCCUAUUAGAUUAUGAUAAAACCUUAAUCACUACUCGUAAAUCAGCAGAGUCAUCAAAUAAUAUAAUUUCAACUCUUAAAGCACUUCAAAAAAAAUCAAAUACGUAUGUUUAUAUACUGUCUGGUAAUCGUAGAGUUAGUCUUGAUGAUCAGUUUGAGUCAACUGGAGUCGGUUUAUCUGCAGAACAUGGCUGUUUUUACAAACAUCCGAAAUGUUUACAAGAAAAAGUAAAUCCGAUUUUACAUGAAGGAAAAACUAUAAUAGAAGAAUAUAAUGGUUGGUAUAGACUUGUUGAACAAGUUGAUCCUGCGUUAAAGGAAAUAGUUCUUCAUUUAUUUAAUUAUUACGUUGAGAGAACUCCUGGUGCUUCUAUUGAAGAAAAGGAGAUUGGUAUAAUAUGGCAUUAUUGUUCAGGUCCUGAGUUUGGUAAAUUUGGAUUAUGGCAAACUUUGGAUUUACAGGAUAAUUUGAUAAGCAAAUUAGGUCAUAUGCCCUUAAAGAUAAUCCUGGGAGAUAAUAAAUUAGAAAUCCGAUCUUCAUUGGUUGGUCAAUCAACAGUAAUUCGAGCCAUUCUUAAAGAUUUAAGCAUUACACAGGAAUCCUUUGUGCUUUGCAUUGGUGAUGAAAACCCGGAUGAACCUGUAUUUUCCUUACUAAAAAAUGAUGAAUUUAAAUCUUUGAAUUGUUUUACGAGCGCAUUUGGAAAAAAACAAACAAAUGCUACAUUUUUCCUUGAAGAUAUCCAUGAUGUUCAAAAUUUAUUAGAAAAAUUG